UCAUGCUGCUGCCAGGUCCAGAGAGUCUGUCAUGGGUCCCUGUACGGCCUCCCAUUGCUGCUGUCUCCAUCGCCACACUCUGCCAUGUGCCACUUUCAGGUCUCCUCACACACUGCUGGUGUGUUGAAUUUUUUGACAUAGGGUGCUGGCAGAUUACGGGCCUCCCAUAGCUGCUGCCAGGCCCCUAAUCUGCCAUGGGCCCCUAUAUACCGCCUCCUCAUGCUGCUGCCAGGUCCAGAGUCUCUCAUGGGUCCCUGUACGGCCUCCCAUUGCUGCUGUCUCCAUCGCCACACUCUGCCAUGUGCCACUUUCAGGUCUCCUCACACACUGCUGGUGUGUUGAAUUUUUUGAC